AUGUACUGCUCACCAAAGGUGAUAUCAUUUGGUCCUAUCCAUCACAAAAAUGAGCUUCUGACGCAAGGAGGGGAUUAUAAACUUCUAUGGACAUCAAAGUUUGUUGUGGAACACAAUGAAAAUCAAGUUACUGGUCAACCAAUUGCUAAAGUUUUACUAAAAAGGAUAGAAGACAAUAUUGAAGAAUUGAAGAAUCAAUUUGCUGAAGAUGUAAUAUCGGGAGAAAGGUAUGAUGACAAAUACCUCUCUUGGAUGUUGUUUGUGGAUGGAUGUUCUUUGCUCUAUUUCAUGGAAAAUGUUGAUAGUGAGCAUCCAGAAGCAUUAAACCUUAAGCUUGAUCAACUAACGUAUAUGUGGAGAGAUAGUUGUUUGUUGGAGAAUCAACUUCCAAGGAGAUUGCUUGAGAUGCUAAGUAAAAGGGGAGGAGCAGACUUGGAAUAUUUGUUUUUCAAUCAUUUUAGCUGGGGUGGAUCCAAACAAGAUGGAAGUGUAAGAGUCUCAGUCCAAAAUCCUAAACCAAUUCAUAUACUCGAUUUUCAUCGCUCUUUUUUCCUGUCACCCCAAAUGUAUAUCGAUUAUGACACAAACAAUCAAAUAGAUAUAAAUACAAUCUCGUAUAAACAAGAGGAAGAGGAAGAUGAUGAACUCGAUAUUGAAACAGAUAUGGUUAGUUGGCAUACUUACAAGAACAUACGAGAUCUAAAAAUAGCAGGGAUUCGAAUGUUGCCAAAUUCAGGUGAAAAUCCUUUUGCUUGGAAUAACAUUCGUUUCACCUCUAAGUGGUUUAGUGGGGAAUUGACACUGCCAAUAUUUGUGUUCAAUGAUUUCACACCCUCUUUGUUUCGGAACCUCAUAGCGUAUGAGAUGUGUCCAGAUGUUUGUUGCAAGUACGAAUGUUGCUCAUUCUUUUCCUUUAUGGAUUCCCUGAUUGACACUGCUGAAGACGUGAAGGAGCUUAGAAUAAGUGGCGUCUUUCAAAACUUGCUUGGAAGUGACCAAGACUUGGCCAAUCUUUUUAAUGAAUUGGGUACGGAUUUGCCAACAAAAAUGUACUGUGAAAACAUCUUCAUCUCUGGUAAUGUUGUGGCCUUCAGCAAGAAAUACAUUGUCAUUAAGCAGCGAAUCGAAGAACAUUGCACAACUAAAUGGAAGACAUGGUUGGCUGAAGCUUACAAUACUCAUUUUAAUACCCCCUGGACUACGGUUGCCUUUUCGGCUGCAUUACUAGCAUUGAUUCUCACUUUUAUCCAAACCUGGUUCGCUAUACAUCCUUCUAAAUGA